AUGAAUGACUAUGUCAAUGAGUCAACUAGUGUGCUUUCAGAAAUUAAAAACCUUUCUGGGAUUGAUGUGGUAGUUGAAGAAGUCUGGAGGAAUCAUGUUAAUGGAAACCCUCUGUGGAGACUUCAACAAAAACUUAAAAUGUUGAGCAAAAGGCUAACUCAAUGGUCUAAAGAAGACAUUGGCAAUGUGUUUGAUCAAGUGCACUAUUGCGAAAAUAAAAUGAAGGACCUUGAACAGAGUGAUAUCUUGAACAAUAAUAACAUCACCAGGACUAAACUGAAUAAAGGCCAGGAUGAAUACAUUAGAUGGAUGGGGAUGCCGGAUGACAUUCUCAGGCAGAAAGCUAGAGUGAUCUGGUUCGAAGAAGGUGAUGCUAACACUAAGUACUUUCAUAGCACUAUCAGGGAUAGACGGAGAAGGCUCCAAAUUCAAAAAAUUAAAGACUGCAGAGGGCAUUGGAUUGAGGGUGACUCUAACAUUGGCAAGGCAGGUGUCCUGCAUUUUCAACAAUUCUUUAACAUCAAUCAUCACUUCAAUGAUCGUAAUAUCAUCAAUUGUACAACUGGUGAUGACAAUGAAAUCCUCACUGCCAUACCUGAUACUGAAGAGAUUAGAGAUGUUAUUUUCAGCAUGAGUUCUACUAGUGCAGCUAGGCCAGAUGGGUAUAAUGGAAAAUUAUUCCAAACCUGUUGGGAUAUCAUUAAGGAGGAUAUUACUGAUUUUGUUCAAACAGUAUUCAAUGGUAGGAGGCUUACUAAAUUCUUCUUUCAUACUUGCCUAGUUCUUAUUCCUAAAGUGGACUCUCCUAGUAGUUUCUCAGAUUUGAGACCUAUUAGUUUGAGUAACUUUACGGCCAAGAUUAUCUCCAAGAUCCUUUUCAGAAGACUAAAUCCUAUUCUAGGGAAGCUUAUUUUAGAAAAUCAGAGUGGCUUUGUGAAAGGAAGAUUGAUCACUGAAAAUAUUUUACUAGCACAGGAGAUUGUUCAAGAUGUGAACAAAAAGAACAGAGGAGGUAAUGUUAUAAUAAAACUCGACAUGGCAAAAGCAUAUGACAGAAUUUCCUGGACCUUUCUGAUGGCAGUUAUGAGAAAAUUUGGCUUUUCUGAAAACUGGAUUGACAUUAUCUGGGGGCUCCUACAAGAUAUCUGCAUGGAUCAAAGAGGCUCUAUGAUCAAUCAUUUAGCAUAUGCCGAUGAUAUUGUUAUAUUCUAUGAAGGAAACAACAUGACUCUUAAGCUUAUCAAAAAGGUUAUUAACAGGUAUGAAAAGGCUUCUGGGCAGAAAGUUAACAAUGAUAAGAGUUUCUUUAUUACAGCCCCUCACACUUGUGCUGCAAGAAUUAAUAGAAUUAGGAAUGCUACCGGUUAUAUGGAUAAGUCCUUCCCAUUCACUUAUCUGGGAUGCCCUAUCUACUAUGGGAGAAAAACUAGCAAUCUUUUUGACGAUAUGCUUUUCAAAAUUAUCAAAAAGCUCAAUGGAUGGCAAGCCAAUAUGAUGUCUUCUGGAGGAAGAAUGAUUUUGAUUAAACAUGUCCAGCAAUAA